UUAGAGAUUGCAUUCUCGAUGGAUCAUUUCUCCUACUCCCGUUGUGAUCACAUUUCGAUACCUUGGAAGCCAAAAAUACACAUGCAAUUAGGUCUUGACUGAUCGUCUCCCUGUUUUUUCGAGAUUUGAGUUGCGAUAUGGUCGACAGCGGCACACAAUCCAGCUUCUGACGUCCAUCUUGAUGCUGCAUUGGUGUGGUGGAAGUCCGAGGGUAGAAAAAUGACAGAGUUUGUGACUUGGGUUUGACUCGGAAGGUGGUGUGGUGAUAGUGGGUGGGUUCGUUGUGGUUGCACGGCGUUGAAGAGCCAGUUUUCGUCCCUUUAUUUUACUUCAUUUUAUUUUCAGCUGCAGUAUGAGAUGCAUCAGGUCGUGAAGUUUGCACGGGGAUGGAUUUGAUGUUAUCAUGCACUUGGAAAUAGGCCGUAAUCGAACUGGGUGUCAAGAUUUGGGGCGACUUUGGAUUUAGGGGUAGAGUUAAGUGAAAUUGUUGCCAUGUUGAGGAGCUUGCUUGAAACGACCAUUGGCCAUUCAAGACAUAAUGUAUGUCCAGAUAGACAUCUGUUACGAGUCUUGAAUGGCAGUCAAGGUUUUUCAUCGUCGCAGUCCCCUAAGCGACCAGGCGACAGGAAAGGAGGCAAGAAUGGGCAGGCUUCAAUUCGACAGAAUAGGUUGGCUUCGGAGGUUAAAGCUAUCAUCAGCGCUGCUUUACAGCAAGGUCCCUGUAAUGUCCCUCUUCUCCAACGAUGCGGCUUUGAAAUCCACCAGGUCAAAAUGAGCCGUGACCUUAGAAAAGCUUUCGUACUUUGGAAAGCUUUGCCAGGAAUGCAUCAGACUGUCCAGAAAGAGCUUAACUCCCAGGGGAAACGACUUCGGUCGAUGGUGUUUCACCACUUGAACAUGCCAUUCUCACCUGCCAUUGAGUUCCUCCAAGAUAAAGUCAAUCCUCAAGCUCAAGCUAUUGAUGAUAUUUUGUCGAAGCUAGAUGAAGAGAGUGACUGAUUUUUUAAAUAAUCUCGGUCUAUUUCAAGUUGGAUUGAUUGUUGACAGCCUGGAUUCUCUUCAGUGGCAGAAACUUUCCACGUUAAAGCAUUUCUAGAAGAUGAAUAGGUAGUAUUCUGAAGGUUGUAAAUAUGUUUGGAUGUGAGUUUAUAAUCAGGCUCCUCACAAAUGUGCGCCAUAGGUUGUACAUGUGGCUUCCUGUCAUAUGGAUCCAGUUGCCUCGAUGUGAAGUGGUCUCGCUUGUACUUUCGUGCCACAGUUUUGCUGAUACGUUGUUUAGAUUAUGGUCGCCUGCAGAAUGGGUUGCUCUUUAUUUUCCGGCUAUUUGUUUGUAUUAGUCUGUGAAGCUUAGGAAUUUGAUUGCUUGAGCAAUCCUACCAUCCAACAUGCAUGGAGAGUAGCAAAGUAUGAUAGAAAAGCAAAACAUGUUAACAUGCUUUGCUAUUUUGAAA